GUCGUUUCCAUCGCGAUCCGAAAUUGCGACGAAUAGUCAUGUUUAAUUUUCUACAAUUUUAAAUUAAUCGAGAAAACGGACAUGUAGCGGGGUGCUGUAAGAAUUCUCACGACCGGGUCAAACUUUACUCGGUUAAAGGGUCAUUGCAUAUCUACCCUUCUAGAUCUGAGAAUUUGCUUGUGUAUACACAAUCACGCAUGAGGAAAAAUGUCAGAAUCCGUAAAAGUAGCGGUAAGAUGUCGGCCUAUGUCCAACAAGGAGAUUCAGCAAGGUUGUCGAAACGUCGUGACGAUCGAUCCGCUGACAAAAUCCUGCACUUUGGAAAACACCGCCGGCGGAAAUGGAAAGGUUUAUCAAUUCGACGCCACGUUCAGCCCGUCCGCGACAACGGAAUCGGUGUACGAGAAUGUGGGAUCGGUCAUUGUCGAGGCCGUUCUGGAGGGUUAUAACGGCACCGUGUUCGCCUACGGGCAAACCGGCUGCGGGAAAUCCUUCACCAUGCGAGGAUUCAUUGAACGAGCGUUAGAACAUCUGUUCGAAGCGACUUCCACUUCUAGUUCCGAGACGAGAUAUUUAGCGUUGCUGAGCUACCUCGAAAUUUACAACGAACGUCUGCGUGAUCUGCUGCAAGACGAUACCGGCGAAACUCUGACUCUGAAGGAAGAUCCUACGCGGGGCACUUACGUUGCGGGGGGUUUGCGCGAGGUCACUGUCAAAGACGCGGCCGAAUGCGUGGUCCUGGUCCAACAGGGUGAUCAGAAAAGAGCCGCGGCCGCGACGAAGAUGAACGCCGCCAGUUCGAGGAGUCACGCGGUCUUGACGUUGUCGCUCGAGGCACUGGCCAUCAAUGACGACGACAAGCGCGGCAAUGCCAUCAGAAGAGGUCGACUGCAUUUGGUCGAUCUUGCUGGAUCUGAGAGACAGACUAGGACCGGGGCCACGGGUGAUCGUUUGAAAGAAGCCGCCAGCAUUAAUCUUAGCCUGUCGGCGUUGGGGAACGUUAUCAGCGCGUUGGCUGCGGGAAAUGGAAGACAUGUUCCUUAUAGAGAUAGCAAAUUGACGAGACUGUUGCGCGACAGUCUGGGCGGAAACGCCAGGACUUUGAUGAUCGCCUGCGUGAGCCCGAGUGACAUCGAUGCCGAGGAAACUCUCAGCACCCUGCGCUACGCCGCCAGAGCUCGUUGCAUCAAAAACAAGCCGAUCGUCAAUGAAGAUCCCAAGGACGCUCUUCUCAGACAGUAUCAAUUGGAACUUCAACGUUUGAGGAAGUUGCUGAAUUCUAGCGAUCAGUCGAGCAUCGGUUUCGACUUUCAAAAAGACGACGAAAGGGACGAUUUGAGACAAACACAAUACGCCGAAGAGGUGGAGAAACUGAGGAGAGAGUGCGAGAGCUCGAACCUGUCCGCCCAGAAACUGAAGGAGGAGCUGGAAUUUUUGAAGUCUCGCUACGAAUCGGGAUUAAAUGUGACAAAUAACGUUGACAAAACCGGACAUCUCAUUCCAGAAAUGGAUGAAUUAGACAAGGAACGAGAGGAGAGAAGAAGAAAGAAAAGAGAAGCUGCUCUGCAGGACGUAUUAAAAAAGUUGGGAAAACUGACAAUUGGCGGAGAGGCGAUAGACAAUGACGAACUGAAGAAGAGAAGAGAAAAAAGAAGAAAGAGACUGGAAGCUCUGGUGGGAGCGCUCGAAGCUAACGACGCCAACGGUAGUGUCUUCCAAGUUUAUGGCCAAUUAAGGUCGACAGAGGACGCGUUGAAGAGAAUGGCCAAACGAGUGAAGCAACUGGAAGCGGAGGCGGCGGAUCUCCAGGCGUCGUGGGACGCCGAGCGUCGCGAUCUUCUUCGACGCGAAUUACUAACGUCUCAAAUAUGCGAUCUCAUGGUGCCCUAUCUUCGUCCGGGUUGUCCUUUUCGAGAUAUGGAGACGGUGCGAUCAGCGGCCACUUGGUGCGACGAGUUGGGUCGGUGGCGAUUGCCGGAUGUUUCACCUCACAUACCCCUGCCCCCGGCUGCUCCUAUGCAGCGAGCGGACGUUCUUUACACCGCCGGCGUUUCCUCCAAAGCGGAUCUCAAUAAUAACAGUAAUAACGGUGACACUAACGACGACGAUAAGAGCAGCCAGGACGACGAGGAAGACGGUAAUAAAGAAAAAACAUAUGGUUGGGAUGUUGUGGACACUUAUUUCCGAAGAAGCAGAGUGGACACUCUUCUGGCGCACGCGAGGGAAGCAAAAACAUUCGAGCCGGGAAAUCGGCUGAGCAGAUCCGGCGGCUCGGAGGAUUCGAUUCCGCUCGCGAGCAGCAGCGGCUACCUGCAACUGAACGCGUUGAAUCUGCAGAGCAGCGCGCCGGUGUUCGGCGACAGCGGGUACAGUCCGAAUAAUUUGCGUAAGUCGGCGUUGCGCGGAGGUUGGAUUAAUAACGCACAACCAAAACCAAUUUACAAUUCCUUCGUGAACACCACGAAGAAACCUCCGCCGAGGAUACUGGAAGCCUUACCUUCGUAUCCGCACGACGACGCGCGCUUCAAAUCUCCCGUUCGCCUUAGCGAGGAGGUGGAGCUGAAAGGAAUGUCCGAGCGAGAAAAGAUGUCCUCCAAAUUAUCCUCGUUGCGCAACAACGAGACCUUUACCUGUCACCAUCCAUUUCACAUAGGUCAUUGUUCGCCGAGCUACCGACAAGCUACAUGAUAGUACUGCAAUCGUCAAAUACUUCGGCUGUGUUAAAAACCAAAAAACAGAGUACGAACGACUUGUUUAUAAGGUAGAAGAAAUUAACAUAUAAAUCGGUAGAAAUAUCAAGACCAAAACAAUAAAUCAGGACGGAAUUGCUUUUAUAUAUAUAUAUAUAUAUAUAUAUAUAUAAUUUAUUAAUACGUAGAACAAGUUUAAAGACCUAUUUGUG